AUGCAGGAGGGCCGAAAUUCCAAUUUUCCUGAAAACCUCAAUAUCAGCCCAUCGCAAAGGCCGGACGAGGUUGAUCCAGGGCUGGACUCCGUUCUAGACGCGUACUCGCAGAAAGACGCGAUCGAAAAGUAUGGCAUCGCAGGACGCGUGUGGGAGGCCGCGUACAUCUUGCUGUCGUACAUGCAAGGCUCGCCCAAGUGGGAAUUAGACCCUCCUUUCCUUUCCUCGACCACGAAACGGAAUACGUAUCUGGAACUAGGAUCGGGCACUGGCGUUGUGGGCAUCAAGCUUACUCAGAUCCUGGCUCCCGACGAUCUUGUCAUUCUCACUGAUUUGCCAGACGUCUGCUCACUUCUACGGGAAACCCUGGAGAGACACGGCCUGCAGGAAACUACCAUAUGCUCCGAUUGGUCUGGUGGCCUCAUUGUCAGGCCCUUGCCAUGGGGCGACCCAGAGUAUGCCUUGAGCAUCGCGGCAGACCUGGGAUUAACUUCUCACAGUAAAGCCGACUCUUCUCGCUAUCUGACCCGGAUUAUCUGCAGCGACUUGGUCUACUUUCCUGAACUGUUGGCACCUCUGCUGCGAAGUCUUAUACAACUCUCAUCCCCUCCAUUUGUGCCUGAAGGGAGGCCUUGGGACCUGGAAGUCGUGAUCUCUUACAAAAUACGGAGCCUCCCGAAAGAGACACCUUUCUGGAGCGCAUUUGGCUUGUGGUUCACCUUCCACCCCGUUAUAGUUCGGCCUAGAGGUGACACAGAUGCUAGCGGUGACACCUGGCGUCGUUUGGGCUCUUCAAUAGGGGAGGAUGGGUGUUUUGUCUUUAUCGCUCGUCGGCGAGCUGAGUCUUUCACUUGGUCCAUCCCGGAGAGUGACAGUGAUCUUUUGAGUGGUCAUGGUACUCCGUGGAGCAGUGAUGAACAGUUCGAGACUUUUCUCUUGUCAGCAUUCGACGAUAAUGAGACUGAUUUAUGA